AUGAGGCUGCGGGGCCGCGCGCUGCGGGCCGCGCCCGCCUCCGGCGCCCGGGCCGACUCGGCGCCGCGGCUGGCGCCCCCGGGGCGGAACCCCUUCGUGCACGAGCUGCGCCUGAGCGCCCUGCAGAAGGCCCAGGUGGCCGUCAUGUCGCUGACCCUGUUUCCCAUCCGCCUCCUGUUUGCUGCCUUCAUGAUGCUGCUGGCCUGGCCGCUGGCACUGGUGGCCUCGCUGGGGCCUCCUGACAAGGAGCCCGAGCAGCCCCCGGCCUUGUGGAGGAAGGUUGUGGACUUUCUGUUGAAGGCCAUCAUGCGCACUAUGUGGUUUGCCGGUGGCUUCCACCGCAUAGCUGUGAAGGGACAACAGGCCCUGCCCACCGAAGCCACCAUCCUGACCCUGGCACCACACUCAUCCUACUUCGAUGCUAUCCCUGUCACUAUGACCAUGUCCUCCAUUGUGAUGAAGGCGGAGAGCAGGAACAUCCCGAUCUGGGGAACCCUGAUACGGUACAUACGCCCAGUGUUCGUGUCCCGGUCCGACCAGGACUCGCGCAGGAAGACUGUGGAGGAGAUCAAGAGGCGGGCGCAGUCUGGCACGUGGCCUCAGAUAAUGAUUUUUCCAGAAGGAACCUGUACAAAUAGGACCUGCCUGAUCACCUUCAAACCUGGUGCCUUCAUCCCCGGGGUCCCGGUGCAGCCCGUGGUGUUGCGGUAUCCAAACAAACUGGACACCAUCACGUGGACGUGGCAAGGACCUGGAGCGUUGAAAAUCCUGUGGCUGACGCUGUGCCAGUUUCACAACCAAGUGGAGAUAGAGUUCCUUCCCGUGUACCACCCUUCCGAGGAGGAGGAGAGGAGCCCCGCCCUGUACGCCAGCAACGUGCGGCGCGUCAUGGCCGAGGCCUUGGGCGUCUCGGUGACUGACUACACGUUCGAGGACUGCCAGCUGGCCCUGGCAGAAGGCCAGCUCCGGCUCCCUGCUGACACCUGCCUGCUAGAGUUCGCCAGGCUCGUGCGGGGUCUCGGGCUAAAACCAGAAAAACUUGAAAAAGACCUGGACAAAUACUCAGAACGUGCCAAGAGGAGGAGCGGGGAGAGGAUCGGUCUGUCCGAGUUCGCUGAGUACCUGGAGGUCCCCGUCUCCGACACCCUGGAAGACAUGUUCUCACUAUUUGACGAGAGUGGAGACGGCAAGAUGGAUCUGCGCGAGUACCUGGUGGCCUUGUCUGUGGUCUGCAGGCCUUCCCGGACGCUGGACACCAUUCAGCUGGCAUUCAAGAUGUACGGGUCGCCGGAGGACGGCAGCGUGGAUGAGGACCGGCUGUCCUGCAUCCUCAGGACCGCCCUGGGAGUGGCAGAGCUCACCGUGACCGACCUGUUCCAGGCCAUUGACCACGAAGAGAAGGGGAGAAUCACAUUUGCUGACUUCAGCAGGUUUGCAGAGAUGGUCCCCAGCUUCGCAGAGGACUACCUGUAUCCGGAUCAGACCCGGCGGGACAGCUGCACGCACACGCCAGCGGCCCCCAUCCCCAACGGCUUCUGUGCUGACUUCAGCCCCGACGGCCCGGGCGUGGGGAGCAGGCCUUCCUGCAAGAAGCUGGACUAGGCUGGGAGACGGACCGAGGCCCGGCGCUGCCCCCACGGCCGCGGGCCCAGGCCGCCCGGCUCCUCUCCGCAUGCUGUCUGCGCCCGAGCUUCCGGACACUGUUUCUUUGUGAGGUGUUUCCGAGCCCAGCGCGUGCAAACACCGUGUGCUGUGCUCGCGGGGAGCCUGGGGCCACGCCGCGCGGGGUGUGGGUCUCCCGUGGGUCGGGACUGCACCGGCUGGCAGCCUCCAGCUCUGAGUGUCCAUCCAUCUUUUCCAGCAUUCCUUCCCGGGCCGGGCGGCGGCCGGGCACGCGCACUCGCCGCUCCUCUGCGCAUGACCGUGGUCCCGGCCACCCCGCGCCCCCUCCCCACCCCGUGGGCUCGGCGCGGGGCCAUCGCCCAGUUUUUUAAGCAUUUCUAUAUUUGUGUGGAGCUCAUUAGUAUUUUAUAAACCUCAUUUAGGUACUUUGGAAAACAUUCAACUUUUUUUAAAAAAAGAGAAACUUGUUUUUCUACUUCAUUUCUCUUGUGAGCACCAGAGGACAUUUAUUUACAGAGUGGGGGGCGUGGCGGGUCCGUCCCUUCCGCGGGGACUCCCGCCGUUUGACACCUUCUGAGCUCUCCUCAAGCCUUUUUAAUCCCUCUCUUUUUUAUAAAUGUGACCCGUUUGGUAUUUCUGUUUCCAUACACUGAGAUCUGCUUCCUCGGAUUAAAGCCUAUGGUGAAGGGCCAUGCGGUCGCCCAUCCACCUGCUCCCCCUCCCGGCAGCUGACCGCGGCCUCCCCCUGGCCAGGCCCUGGUGUCACUUUCUCUUGCUCACCGUUGUGGCCACUUAGGACGAAGCAGCCACUCUGAGUGAGGAGUGUAGCCGGUUCCUCCAUGCAGGGCGGCAGCCACUGGCCACGUCUCUGCCAACACAGGGAUACCUUUGAAGUUACCUGGCUUUGUUGCUUUUGAUGACACAGAAACCCACCCUUGAAGCACAAAGGUGGAGUGGAUUUGAUUUGUUUCCUUACAUGGCCUAGGUUUGGAACUUAUUUCUAAGAUGAAUUGGAGGUUCCACUGGGGCAUUUUUAUAGAAAUGGCUCUACGGCCAGUGAGCCCGGGGGCUGACGCACGCAGCCUCCUUGGUGAGUGCCUGGCAUGCGUCCCCCCCAGGAGACCGGCAGAAAACCCGAACCCCAGCCACCCAGCACACACUGCCACGGGACAGCGCAGCGCGGUCUCGGGCCGGCCCGGCACCCCGGGCCCGAGGGCUGCAGAUGUUUGAAUGCAGCCUUGGUAGCUAAUAGUGGGUGUUUUUAUAAUUAGAGAAUGCAUAAAAUUCAUUUUUUUUAAAAACUGACAAAGGAGCAAUGACGGAGGUAAUAACUAAGAUACUCGGGGGCCCAGCCCCCUUCCCGCGGGCCUGCAGAUGAAGGGGUUCUCACGAAAUGCCACCUCUGAGACGCAGGCUCGGAAUCGAUGUUUGCUCCUCCUGACUCCGUUUCUCUCACGGUGACCUCGGUCACGGCAUCAGGACUGUGAAUGUGUACAGCGGGCGGGGCUGCGGGACGGGUCCGUGUAAAAAACUAGAUUUUCAGUGGAAUAAACAACGUAAAGUCUUGCGUA